UCAUGCGAGUCAGGCUCGAGCGAAGUAGAAAACAGGAGCAAGGACGGUUCACUCAACAAAUAUUGCUUCGGGGCUUUUCCUUUCCCCAAUGUUACUUCUGGGGGAGGUGCUUGUUUUAUUAAUCAAUGUUGUCGAGCAGUUGCAGGAGUUCCGGGCGCGGUUGCCAUGGCGAUGGAAUUGCUGCGCGUGGCAGUGAUCGGCGCGGGGGCGGCGGGACUCUGCGCGGCCCGACACGUGCUGUCCAGACCGGAGCGCUUCGCCCCUCCUGUCGUCUUUGAGCUCACCGCCAACGUGGGGGGAACUUGGCGCUACCAGGAGCGGGUCGGACCGGACGUACGAUGCAGCAUGUAUAAAAACCUCAGGACCAACCUUCCCAAAGAGGUGAUGAUGUUCCCGGACUUUCCGUUCAACCAGCAGCUCAACAGCUUCCUGUCGCAUCAGGAUGUGCGGCGCUACCUGGAGGACUACUGUCGACAGUACCGCAUCCGCCCCCACAUCAGGUUCCACAGCGCAGUGGAGGAGGUGAAGCCCGCCGUGGUGACAACGGAGGACGGUGAGAAUCGGACACGGACCACCUGGGAGGUGACGGCGUGCGACACAUCGGGAUGCCGGACCACCGCCACCUUCGAUGCGGUCUUUGUGUGUUCCGGGCAUUACUCGGAGCCCAACAUCCCCAGCGUGCCCGGCCUUGAGAACUUCAAAGGACAGGUUCUCCACAGUCACACGUACAGGAGUGCAGAACCCUUCUCGUCUCGAUCGGUGGUGGUCCUGGGAGCCAAAGCGUCGGGCAUUGACAUUUCCUUGGAGUUAGCCAAAGCGGGCGCCCAGGUGACGCUGAGUCACCGCGGUCCCCCUUUGGUAGCUGCUCUUCCGGCUGAGAUCCGCCAGUCGAGUCCGCCGGUGGCCGUCCAGGACGAUGGCAGAAUUUGUUUCCAGGAUGGCUCGGUGCGCGCCGCCGACGUGCUGCUCUUUUGCACGGGCUACAACUUCAGCUUUCCUUUCCUGGAUGGCGGCCGCCUGGGCUUGGAGCUGGAGGAGCAGCUGGUGGCGCCGCUCUACCGCUUCAUGAUGCCGCCCGCCUUCCCCUCGCUCGUCUUCAUCGGGCUCUGCAAGAGCAUUUGCCCCUUCACCAACUUCCAUUGCCAGGUCCAGUUCGCGCUGGGCGCACUGGCCGGCUCGCCGGCGCUGCCGUCGCGAGCCCAGAUGGCGGCGGAGGCGCGGCUCGCGCUGCAGAAGAAGGCGGAUGGCGGUGCGGCGCGGCGCCACCUGCUGGUGAUGGGCGGGGACCAGUGGGAAUACCUCGCCGAGCUGGCCGCCGACACCGGCUUCGCGCCGCCGCCUCCGGUCGUGCGCAGCCUUUUCGAGGAAGUGUGGCGGCAGCGGGGGCUUCAGCCCGACAGCUACCGCAAGCUGAACUACCGGCUUCUGAACGACACCCAGUGGCAGGUGGUGGACACUGCAUAACGCCCUGUUGCCUCAUCCCGUGCUGCGGUCCUGACCUUGAUUUUGGUUUGUUGUGAUUAAAAAAAUAAAUACAU